AUGUCCGGCUCUGUACCUGUGGCCAAGUCCUUGGCAGACAUCUACCCAACAGCAGCUCUCGCCGCCGAGGGCUCGAGAUGGAACUCGUUGCUGGCUACGUUUGACAAGGUAUAUGGCCACCAGGCCGCCUUUGUGGCCCGAUCGCCCGGAAGGGUCAACAUCAUCGGCGAGCAUGUCGACUAUUCGCUCUACUCGGUCUUGCCCAUGGCCAUUACAGCCGACGUCAUCAUGGCAGUGUCGACAACACCAGUGGCUCAUGGAGCCUCGACGUGCACCAUCAAGAUUGCCAAUGUCGACGCCUCCAAGUUUGCGGCAAGCGAGUUUGAUGUGGCGCUGCAUUCCGACGUGGAGAUUGAUGCGGCAAAGUUUGAGUGGACAAACUACUUCAAGAGCGGGCUGCGCGGUGCCCUGGGGCUGCUUCGCGACAAGCGCGGAAAGGACUUUGAAGCCGUGAAUAUGGAAAUCAUGGUGGAUGGCACGGUGCCCGUCGGUGGCGGGCUGAGCUCGAGUGCCGCUGUCGUGACCACGAGCGCUCUUGCUGUCUUGAAGGCCAACGGCGAGGAUUCGGUCGACAAGAGGCAAUUGACUGAGCUGGCCAUUGUGAGUGAGCGUGCGGUGGGUGUCAACUCUGGAGGCAUGGACCAGGCAGCUUCGGUCUUCUCCGAGCAAGGUUCAGCGCUAUUCGUCUCCUUCAGUCCUCAGCUGGAGGCGCGCCCGGUCAAGCUGCCGCCGACCCGCCCCGAGCUAUGCUUUCUCAUUGCCCAAAGCUUCGUCGCAGCCAACAAACACGUCACAGCGCCAAUCCAUUACAACCUCCGUGUGGCCGAAGUGAGCUUUGCAGCAGCCUACCUGAAUGCUGUCCUCAACCCGCCCGGCACGCAGUUGCCCGAAGAUGCCGGUCCGUUGGGCAUCAGCCUGCACGGCUUCCACGAGACGUACUUUUACCACGCCGACGCCUCUGCGGCGGCGCAGAGCCUGACCAAGGAGGAGGAGCUGGGAAAGCUGAUAGCCGUCACCAAGGACACCCUCACGCAGGAACAAGGCUACACGCGAGAGGAGAUUGCCAAGGUCCUCGACGUGACGGCGCAGCAGCUGGAAAGCCGGUUCAUGUCCAGGAUGCCCAUCCGAGCCGAGCGUUUCAUGCUGCGACAGCGCGCUCUGCACGUCUAUACCGAGGCCCUGCGCGUGCUGAAGUUCCUCACCCUCCUGGAGCGGCCGCUUCACACGGGGGCCUCGGACACGACCCGGUUCAACCGGGAACUGGGGAGCAUCAUGAACGACACGCAAGAGUCUUGCCGCGCGCUGUACGAGAACAGCUGUCCUGAAAACGACGACAUCUGCCGGAUCGCUCUGGCGGCCGGUUCGUACGGUAGUCGGCAGACGGGGGCUGGCUGGGGAGGCUGCACCGUCCACCUCGUGUCAGCAGACAAGGUGGAAGACGUCAAAGCGGCGCUGCAACGCGAAUACUAUUCAAAGAAGGAGCUUACGGCUGAAGAAAGGGAGCAGGCAAUGGUGGUGAGCAGACCUGCGGGGGGCAGUGCGGUGUACAUGGUCAAGGAGCAUGCCGGGCUGAGGGAUGUCGGCAAGCCAGCAUGA